AUGCAAGCACCGGAGAAUCAAGUGGAGUUCCACAUUUCAGCUGCAACUUACGCAGCUCGGGUAGCACAAAUAAUUUGGGAACAGCCGCUGAUGCAGUCGCGCGCCCCUCUGAUUGAGCAAGGUAAUAAUCAAGUGUCGGCAAGGCAUCAUGGGUUGUCCUCUCAGGCUCAUUUGUGGAUGUGGGGGCCAAACCACCAGGGGCUCCCCUCAAUUCCGGCUCGGACCGGUUCCUCUCAGACAUUAAAGGUAUUUGCGGCUUCCUCACCAGGUCCAGCCUUUUCAAAAACGGUUAUUCUCCCCACAGUGUCCUUUUUGGUUAGUGGCUCUGGUGGAGCCACAGUUAAGGCGCGGGCCUUUCUGGACAGUGGGGCUCGGGGCUGCAUCAUUACUAUUGAACUGUACUCGCAAACUGAGGAACAAGGAAAAAAUAAAUCAAAGUGUUUUAGUAAAAAUGAUACAGUGCUAUAUAAAAGGUUUAUUACGAAAGCUAAAUACACUUGGUGUAAGGGAACGAUACUUGCCAGCUUAGGAAGGGUUGUAUAUUUGGUUAAAGAUUUGAACACCCUAGAGAAUUGUAAAAGACACAUAAAUCAGCUGGUGCCUUAUAAAGGGUAUAAUGACCAUCCUCAAAGUUAUCCUCAGUAUAGAACGCAAAGCCCAGCUGUAAACCAACAUAUACCAUCUCCGUCACCGUUGCAGACUACGAUUAGAAGUUCACCGGGUGCUUCAAGGGUGCCUAUUCUGCUUUCAUCGUCACCAAAUGUGGGUGGGCGCAAUUUACCUAGAAGGACAGUCGAACUUGACGAACCUAAUACGAGUACGAUGACAUCACCAUCUAGGGAAGAGGAGGAUAUAGAGGAUCCUCUUACUACAGCAGGAGAGCAGCAAGCUUGUCUCAGGAAUUCGGCAGGAGUUACUGGAGAGAGAGAAGAUAACUCUGAGGAUGAGCCAACAGAAUUGGAAACGGUACCUGUGGCACCGAGUGAGACUCCGAUACAAAGUUCACCAUCGAGUCCGAUACAAGUACCAAGGAGGUCAUUACGGAAACGUCCAAAAGUUUGUUAUAAAAAAUACUUUUAG